AUGGAUCGCAAGGGUAAGGGAAAGCUGGUUGCCGGAACUGGAUCGUCCUCCUCCCUCGGAAAGAAGAGGAGCGGAGGAGUCGAGUUCAGAGAUGAAGGCCUCAGGAUUAAUACGGAUGGAGCUCCGACGAAGAAACAGAAAACCCCCGGGAUUCUUCAGUUCUUCGAGGAAUCCGCCGAGGUCGGUUACUAUGGAGGGAGCUCCGACGAAGACUGUGAUGUAGAUGACUUUCUCAACGAUUUCGAUGAUGAGCCGGAGGUGGAGGCAAGUGGUAAGGAUGACAAAGUGAAAACGGGCAACUCUGCGUUUUGCGUUCCUAAGGAAGAGGAGAUCAACGAGGAAGAAUUUGAUAGAAUGAUGGAAGAAAGAUACAAACCUGGUUCCGGGUUUAUUAGAUAUGCAGACGAUGAUGUGAAAAGUUCUAUCGAGAUGGAUGCUCUUGUUCCAACUGCCCAGGAUCCUCCAAUAUGGAAAGUCAAAUGUGUGAUUGGACGGGAGAAGCAUUUGGUGUUCUGUCUCAUGCACAAGUUUGUCGAGCUGCGAAAGAUAGGCACCAAUCUACAGAUCUUAUCUGUUUUUGCUGUGGAUCAUGUCAAGGGUUUCGUUUUCAUAGAAGCUGAAAAGGAACAUGAUCUUCUCGAGGCAUGUAAGAGCUUAACUGGUAUCUAUGCUACUCGGAUGGUGUUGCUUCCUAAAGCUGAUGCUCCAAAUCUGCUUACUGUCCAAAGAAAAACCAAAAACGUUGUUGAGGGAACAUGGGCUCGUGUUAAGGGUGGUAUAUACAAAGGAGAUCUUGCUCAGGUUGUGGCUAUGAGUGACUCUAAGAACAAAGCACUAAUAAAGUUAAUUCCAAGGAUUGAUGUCAAUGCAUUGACCCAAAAAUAUGGUGGGGGAGCUUUCGUCCAAAAAGGCCUGACUCCAGCUCCAAGAUUGAUCAGUUCAAGCGAGCUUGAGGAAUUCAGACCUCUCAUUCAAUCUAGGCGUGAUCGUGAUACUGGAAUGACUUUUGAGCAUCUUGAUGGCCUGAUGCUGAAAGAUGGGUUUCUAUAUAAAAAAGUAUCCUUAGAUUCAAUAUCAUCCUGGGGUACUAAACCAUCAAAGGAGGAGAUACUAAAAUUUGCGCCUGUAGAGCGAAAAGAAUCUGGUGAUACAGAGUGGAUUUCUGAAAUAUAUGGUGAAGAAAAGAAGAAAAAGAUUCGUCCAGCUGGUAAAGGGGUUGGAAAAGGAGAAGGUUCACCAGAAUCUGACUCAGGAAGUAGCUAUGAGUUAUAUAAUCUAGUUUGUUUCAGUCGAAAAGACUUUGGUCUGAUUGUGGGCGUGGAUGACAAAGGUGACGCUUACAAGGUUCUGAAAGAAGCUUCUAAUGGUUCGGUUGUAGUCACUGUUGGGAAAAAGGAAAUGCAUAAUGAACCAUUUGAUUCAAAAUUUACUGCCUUGGAUCUGAAUAACAAACAGAUAUCAGUUAAUGAUGUUGUGAAGAUUUCCAAAGGCCCAUCUGAGGGUAAACAAGGAGUUAUAAGGCAAGUGUACAGAGGGAUCAUAUUUCUGUACGUUGAGGGUGAGGAAGAAAACGGUGGAUAUUUCUGCUGCAAAUCACAGUCAUGUGAGAAAAUUAAAAUCUCUACGGAUGAAUCUAAUGAGAAGACUGGUGGAUUUGAUGCUUCAGCUUUUGGAGAUUUUGCAUCCUCCCCAAAAUCGCCACUAGCUGCUGAAAACGAGUGGCAGCCAAAGGGAAAAUACAUAAACUCCAACCAAGGAGACAGGGGUAGCAUGUAUUCUAUAGGCCAGAAGCUGAGGAUACGUGUGGGUCCAUUGAAAGGGUAUCUCUGCCGUGUAAUAGCUUUACGCUAUUCUGAAGUUACAGUCAAGCUUGAUUCCCAGCAUAAAAUUCUGACAGUUAAAAGUGAGCAUCUUGCUGAGGUUCGCGACAGAAAUACUAUGACAAGUGGGAAUGUGGGGACUGGUUCCUUUCCACCUUUUGACACGAAUAGAACAGAAGGCAGCUCUGGAGACUGGACGAAAGGAGCAGGCACGUCAGAAGAGGGUGGUAACUGGAAUGUAGGAGGCGCUUCUUCUGAUUUGAGCGCGUGGGGCAGUAAGCCUACGUCUGAUGACUCGUCUCAGCAGCAAACAGUGCCAGAUGGUAACACUUCAUCGUGGGGCAACGCAGCAGCUGGGAACAAACCUGCCUCUGCUGGUGAUCAACCUGAUAGUUGGAAUUCGUGGGAUAAAACACCUGCUGCUGAAGCUAACGCUGUUGGUGGGUGGGGAAGUGCAGUUGCUUCAAAAGUGGAAGCUUCUUCUUGGGGAAGAGCUUCUACUUGUAAUGCUGAUGAUUCAGGUUCUUGGAGUAAGCAUGGAGGCACUGAUGGUAACAAACAAGACGAGGACUCAGGAUGGGGUAAACUAGUUACUGAAUCGAGUCAGAAGAGAGAAGAAUCUUCUUGGGGUAAGAAAGUGGCAUCUGAAUCUAACACUUCCUGGGGACAACAGGACGAAGGCUCUCAGGGGAGCAAGGGAGGAUCUGCUUGGGGUAAUCAAGAUGGAGGAUUCGGUUCAGAGGAGAAAAAAGAUGGCUCUUCUGGUUGGAAUAGGCCAGCAGAAGAUUCCAAUGCCAAUAGUAAAGGAGUUCCUGGCUGGGGUAAACCAGAUGAUGGAGGACCUUCGUGGGGGAAAAAGGACGAUGGAGGACCUUCGUGGGGAAAACAGGAUGAUGGAGGAUCCUCGUGGGGUAAAAAGGACGAUGGAGGACCUUCGUGGGGAAAAAAGAGUGACAGUAAUAAGGAUGAUGGAGGAUCCUCGUGGGGUAAAAAAGAUGAUGGAGGAUCAACGUGGGGUAAAAAGGAUGACGGAGGUUCUUCUUGGGGUAAAAAGGAUGACGGAGGAUCUUCUUGGGGUAAAAAGGAUGACGGUAAUAAGGAUGGCGGAGGAUCAUCAUGGGGUAAUGGAGGAUCCUCGUGGGGUAAGAAGGAUGAUGGAGGAUCCUCGUGGGGUAAAAAGGAUGACGGAGGAUCUUCUUGGGGUAGAAAGGAUGACGGUAAUAAGGAUGGCGGAGGAUCUUCAUGGGGUAAUAAGGAUGGCGGAGGAUCUUCAUGGGGUAAUAAGGAUGGUGGAGGAUCGUCAUGGGGCAAAAAGGAGGAUGGAGGGUACUCGGAACAGACAUUUGAUAGGGGAGGACGUGGGUUUGGUGGUAGAAGAGGAGGAGGUCGUGGUGGUGGCAGGGACCAGUUUGGGAGGGGAAGAUCAUUCGGUAACUCUGAGGAUCCCGCUUCAUGGAGUAAACCAGGUGGCGGAUCUAGCUGGGGCAAGCAAGACGGUGGUGGAGGUGGUUCAAGCUGGGGUGGUAAGCAGAACGAUGGUGGUGGUGGAUCUAAACCGUGGGAAGAGCAGAGUGGUGGUCGUGGGUUUGGUGGUGGAAGAAGAGGAGGGGGAUUCCGAGGAGGUUUCCGCGGAGGUAGAGAUGGAGGACGGUCGUUUGGUCGUGAUCAGGCACCUGGCUGGAAAAGAGACAAUCAAGAAAGCACUUGGAAGAGCGACCAAAGUGGUGGAUCCGACUGGAAGAAAGGGUGGGGAGAGGAUUCAAACACUCCAAAGCCUUCCAUCGUUUCAGCCUCUGCGGGAAACUGGCCUAGCUGGGGUACUAACACCAAGAAAGAAGUCAGUGACAAACCGGGAAACGAUAGCAAACCAGCUUGGGGAACCGGUAACGAUCAGGGGGAUACCGGAAACAACAACAGUGACGGUGGUUGGAACAAAAAGCCAUCCGGUGAUGUCAAAUCGAGCGGAGAAGCUGAUAACGCAUGGGGCGCUAAAACAAACUCAGAGGCACCGUCAUCAAGUGGCUCUGCGUGGGGAACUGGAGACAAAACAUCUGGUUGGUAA